AUGGAAGAACUGUCCUUGCCCACUACCAGCUGCAACACUUGGGAGAGCAGGCCCUAUAACUCUCCUGGGCAGCAGAAUAGAGCCAGACCAAGGCAGAAGUGUGGUAUCCCAGAGUUUAAUCAGAGAAUUCUGUGUGAUCCUAAGUUUGCAACUAUCCAUCACAGCCUUGUGGGCUUACUAGCAGGUGCACAACUAGAUAUCACGCCUUUCUCUUCCCUAGAACUUUUUGUUAACACAUUAUCGUUGCCAUAUUUUUGGGAGCACUUUGAUAAGGACGGCUGGUCCCUGUGGUAUGCUGAAUAUCGCUUCCCUGAGGAGCUCACCCAGACCUUUAUGAGUUGCAACCUCAUCAAUGGCAUGUUCCAGCGAUUGGACAAACUGAGGAAGAAUGCCUUUGCUAGUGUCAUCCUCUUUGGAACCAACAACAGCAGCUCCAUUUCUGGCGUUUGGGUCUUCCGAGGCCAAGAACUUGCCUUUCCACUAAGUCCAGAUUGGCAGGUGGACUACGAGUCAUAUACAUGGCGGAAACUGGAUCCUGGUAGCGAGGAGACCCAGACCCUGGUUCGAGAGUACUUUUCCUGGGAGGGGGCCUUCCAGCAUGUGGGCAAAGCCGUCAAUCAAGGCAAGAUCUUCAAGUGAACAUGUCUUGCUGUCGCCUAGCUGCCUGCACCUACCCUUCAGGGGAGAUGGGGGUCAUUAAAGGAAACUGAACAUUGAAAAAAAAAA